CCAUGGAUAAGGUUAUGUUUGGCUCGUCUGAUCCUACACUGCAACGCAAACCGUCUCUAACCAACCAAACUGCAAUGGCCAUGCCUUUCAUGGCCUCCUCUUCUCUUCCCUCUCUUUCCUUCCCUCGCUCUUAUUUUUCUCGUCUCUCCUUCCCUCGCUUUUCUAUCUCCCCUUCUCUCCCUAAGCGUCUACGGACCACUAAAAUCCAAUGUGCCAACACCAACAACCAGCAACAGCAACCCACCCAGUCCCAAACGACAUCCAGCUUCGACCCCAAAAGAGGAGUCGCUGUUUACAAGCCCAAGUCGUAUGAAGUUCUUCUAACUGAUGCUGCUGAUUCUCUCGCAUAUGCUCUUCAAGACGGCAAAACACGCUUGGAAAUUGAUUUCCCGCCCUUGCCCAGCAAUAUUUCUUCUUACAAGGGAUCUUCAGAUGAGUUUAUUGAUGCCAACAUUCAACUUGCCUUGGCUAUUAUCAGGAAACUUCAAGAGAAAAGGGAAACCAGAGCUUGCAUUGUCUUUCCUGACAAGCCAGAAAAGCGCAGGGCUUCUCAGCUUUUCAAAGCAGCUCUGGACUCGAUUGAUGGAAUAACCAUAGGAUCACUUGAUGAUGUCCCCAGUGGUCCUGUCACCACAUUUUUCAAGUCUAUAAGGAACACCUUAGAUUUUGAUUUUGAAGACAAUAAUGAAGGCCGCUGGCAGUCCAAUGAGCCACCAUCCCUUUAUGUAUUUAUUAAUUGUAGCACAAAGGAACUUUCUGUUAUAGAGAAGUAUGUGGAAAAUUUUACCAUGUCAACCCCAACCCUUCUGUUCAAUCUUGAACUUGACACAUUGCGUGCUGACUUGGGUCUUCUGGGAUUUCCUACCAAAGACUUGCAUUAUCGAUUUCUAUCUCAGUUCAUUCCAGUAUUUUAUAUUCGAAUCAGAGAAUACUCUAAGACAGUAGCAGUAGCACCUUAUAUUGUCAAUUACAGCGGAGCAUUGUUUCGCCAAUACCCUGGUCCUUGGCAGGUGAUGCUUAAACAAGCAGAUGGUUCUUAUGCUUGUGUUGCAGAAAGUGCAACACGCUUCACACUUGGCGAGACCAAAGAAGAAUUAUUGAGGGUCCUUGGACUGCAGGAGGAACAAGGAAGUUCGCUAGAAUUUCUUCGCAGGGGCUACAAGUCUGCAACUUGGUGGGAAGAAGAUGUUGAAUUGGAAGCAUUUUCUGAUUGGCGUAGUUGAGCAUCAUCAGAAGCAACCGGAGACGCCCCAGUGGAACUUAGUAAAAGAGAAAUGGUGAAGUUUUAGAAAAAACGAAGCAUGAAGAACUGUAAAUGUAUUUGUUCUUUCAUUUUUCUUGUGUUUCCCAACAUAGAAAUAGAUUGCAACAAAGUGUCAUUUUUUUUUUUUAAUGAUCCGUUUUGAACUAUUUUGUAUUUCAUACAUGACAUAAAGAUGUAGAGGAAGUAUAGUUUUACACUGCUGCAGAAGCCACAAUAAAGGCAAAUUUUGCGUCAAUUUAAACCUGA